ACAUACCAGAAGGACAUUCAACUAAUUAAAAGAUGUGAAUUUGUUAAUAUCUGUUUAUUUUUUAUUGUUUACUAUUUAAUAAUUUUGUAAAUGACAUAAACCGCUAUUGAAGCUGUAUUUUACUAUUUUACUCGGUCAAUUCGCUUUACGAUUGAUGAUUAUAUUUUUACACCUGCGUGGUUACAUAUACAAAUUCACAUAAAAAGAGUUACCCGGAAGAAAAUAUAUUAAAUGAUAUUAGUUAAAGCGUAUGGAAGAUACCUUCAAUUGGUUGUGUCAAUCCACAUAGCAAAGAGUCAGCUUGCCAAUUAAGACAUUUAAAAUGAAAUAUCGUUCAAUAGUUAUUUACUGGUACUGAUACGUUUUUGACAUUUGAAUGAAUGUAAUUCAUAAAAACAAAGUGAUUCUGUGAUCUGUUUUUUUUAUAUUUGUGAGUGUAUUGAUGGUGGAAUUAUAACGAUAUUAGUUAAAUAUAACUGUAUAGAACAUCUUUAUUAGAAUGUAUAACUAUAGAUAUCAGAUAGUGCAGGGUUUUGUCAUGUUACUUUCUUUGGUAUAUGCUCAAGAAUGUAACAUUACAGUUCAUGAUUAUUUAUCAGAACAAGUGAAGAUAGCUGACUGUAGUAAAAGAGGCUUUAGAGAAGUUCCACAGGCACUUCCACGUGAUAUCACUGUUCUGGAUCUUAGGGGAAACAAACUUCGUCAUAUCAGUAAUUUCUCUUUUGAAAGUUACAGUUUAUUGCACAAUUUAUCGUUGGCUAAAAACAAACUGCACAUUAUUGAGGAACAUGCAUUUUAUGGAUUGGGUCGAUUGAAGUUUUUGAAUAUGUCUGACAACAUUUUGAACCUGAGAUAUGUCUAUACACCAGAAAUGCUUUUGCCGUUGCAAAAUUUAAUUGAUCUGGACAUACGACGAAAUAUUCCGAAUCAACCGACUGUGGAUUUAUACCAUUAUCCUGAUCAAGCUUUUACCGUUUUAAAAAAACUAGAAUACUUAGCAUUAGAUAUGGCUCCAAAUCCGUCUUUUGGAAUAGGAUUUCAAGGGCUUAAAAACCUGAAAUCAUUAACAUUUGAAUUCUGUUUUUUAAAAUAUCUACGAGGAUAUACAUUCGAAAACUUUUCAUCGAAUCUAGACGAAUUGAAACUGACUAGAUGUCAUUUAAAUUUUUUGGAAGUGGAAAACAAUGUUCUUGUCCCUUUUCCUAAUAUUACCAAAAUAAAUUUUGAUGAAUCAUGCAUGCAUCUGAAACAGGCUCUUAACAUGCUGUCACCAUAUAGUGGCAAAACUAUUGAAAUAAUGAAUUUUCGGGGUCUUAACUGUCCCAUCUUCAAUAAUAAUGAAUAUCCGUUUGCGUUAACUGUAACAAAAGACAUGAUGAAAUAUUUGAAAACAAUUUGUGUAGAAACUUUGGAAUUAUCCGACAACGGGAUUGUUGAUUUUGAUGAAAACUCGCUAUUGUCAUUCGAUCGACCAGAGUGUUUAAAACAUUUAUAUUUUAAAGGAAACCGGUUUGCGUUUGCUAAGGGAAGACAUAUGGACGAGUUAAAAACAUUUUUUAACAAAUCUGUUGCAUUGAAAACAUUCGACUAUUCUUUUAUUCCAGUUCGAUAUAAGCUAUCCGCAAAUGAUUUUCAUCAUUACGCACAAGAUUAUCAUUUUUCUAACAACAUAAUAUAUUUGCCACGUUCUUUAGAAAAGUUAGUUUUGGGUAAUGUACUCUGUGAUGAUAUUUCCAGAUUAUUCUUUAUACGUCGAGGAAGCAAUUUGACUUACCUCGAUGUGUCGUUUAGUUAUACAAACAAUGCUGUAGUUUAUGAAGGAAACGCUACAUACAAAACUGAAACUUUGGUCUUAGAUGGUCAUUUUCACGUGACAUUGUACACAAUAGAGCUAGUUAAUUUCAUAAAUGUAAAAUAUUUAUUGUGGAGAAGUGCUAAGUUGUUUAUUAUUAUGCAUGCUCGUUCAAAUGACAUGUUUCUUAAAAGAUUUAUAGCCCUUUUUAGAAAAUUUGAAUAUCUCGAACAUUUGGAUAUGUCAGAUAAUGAUCUUUAUAUUUUACCAGAAAAUUUACUCAUUAAUAUUGAUCAUCUAUCAGAAUUGUCUUUGUCUAAGAACUUAUUUCAGUCCAUUCCAAGUGAGAUCAUUUCUCAAAAUAAUAUUAAGGUCCUAGACCUUAGUAAUAACUUAUUACCAACAGUGGAUUAUGAAACACGUGCUUGGGCGGAUUCAAUGAAUCAAAAACAUGGUUUAUAUUUUCUUCUUGAUGGCAAUGCAUUUGAAUGUAAUUGUGAUAAUUUGGAUUUCAUCAAAUGGAUACAAGAAACCAAAGUAAAUCUAGACAACAGAUCAUUCAAAUGUACACUUUUGAACGGUACAGUCAUAACCGUACUCGAAGCAUAUGAAAACAUGCAUGAUUUGUUUUCUCCCUGUAGAAAUUCAAUAUGGCUGAUGGUCUCGUCCACUUUGUUAGGAACAAGUUGUAUUGUGGCUGUGAUAUUUUUAUUAUACAGUAGACGAUGGAACAUAGCUGUAUUUUUCUACCGCAUAUUUCGAAAAAUUGUUGAAAAGAAAUAUCGUAAAAACUACACAUAUGACGUUUUCGUUUCAUAUGGAGGGGAUUGCAUACCUUGGAUUAAAAAAUACUUUAUUCCAAAACUAGAAAACGAAUGGAAGCUUAAAAUAUGCGUAAAAGAUCGCGACUUUUACGGCGGAGAGUCAUUUUAUGAUGCGGAGGCAGAGAGCAUAGAAAACAGUAGACAUGUUAUAUUUUUACUUACUCCAAUAUUUAAAGUCUCGCGAGACUGUCUUUUUGAAAUUGAUAGAGUGAAACAUGAAAUAAGUAUGCAGAACAUUGAAAACAUUAUAGUCAUAUCUAAAGACAUCACUUUUAAAGAUAUUCCUGAAGGACUUACUCAUAUUUGGAACUAUGUAUUAUUUAUCCAGUGGCCAGAAAACUGUAAUGAUCAUGACUUAACAUGGCAAAAAUUGAGAAAGUGGAUUUCCGGUGAUUAUUUAUAUUAGAAUUUAUGAUACCAAAUUAAUGCAAUGCGAACGACAGGUUUAUCUAACAAAAAGAAGAAAAUAACACAUUAUAAAGAUUAUAUGCGCACCAGACGAUUUUCUUGAUCUUUAUCGAGAACGCUUUAAGCUAAACAUGUUUUAACCAAUGGUGUAUAAGAACCGAAACACGUGAAGAGUUUUAUCAACCAAAAGGGACCUUUAAAUAAUAACAGACUCAAUCUAAGUAGAUAUAGGAAGAUGUGGUAUGAGUGCCAAUGAGACAACUCUCCAUCCAGGUAACAAUUUAUAAAAGUAAACCAUUAUAGACCAAGGUACGGCCUUCAACACGGAGCAUUGGCUCACACCGAACAGCAAGCUAUAAAGGGCCCCAAAAAUUACUAGUGUAAAACCAUUCAAACGGGAAUACCAACGGUCUAAUCUAUAUAAAAACGAGAAACGAGAAACACGUAUGAACUACUGUACAUCAGAUUCCUGACUUAGGACAGGUGCAAACAUUUGCAGCGGGAUUAAACGUUUUAAUGGUACCAAACCUUCUCCCUUUUCUGAAACAAUAGUAUAACAUCACAACAUAGAAAGACACACUAUAAAAUAUCAAUUGGAAGGCUUAACUCAAUCAAAAAACGUAAAUUAACACACAAUGAACGAAUAAAUAUGAUCUGUGAUACCUGAAUGCAAAUACAUAGUUAAUAAAAAUUAUAAGGCCAUUUUUGGCUGGGAGAGUUCGAUUUUAAGAUAUCACAGUGAUUCAGCUACAAAUGUAGGCAACGUUCUCAGGAGAUUUGCUAAUCUUUUUCUUAACGUGCUGACUUUGAAAAGUUUAAUUCUUAACAAUUGUCCUGACGACAUUUGAAUAACAAAUCUAAAUUGAUUCUAAUUAUAAAGUUUGUCUGAAUCACUGUUAACAAGAGACCUGGAUGGGUCUAUGUUUUGAAAAUGUCUCGGUUACAUAAAGAAAAUGACAAACCUCUUUAAAUUUUAACAGUUCUACAACUGCAGGGUUAAAACAAUUUCUCUUCUUCUCCUUUUGUCAUUGAUAAGCGAAAAUGAAAUUAAUUUUAUCAUUUUAUUGUCCCAUAACAACAAACAAAUUUAUUAGAAUAAAAUUAUUAGAACAAACACGUGCCUUGUACACAACAGGUGUAUCUUGAAUUUCGUGCGUUUACUAAAAUUAAGUUCACGCGUUCAAAUGAAAAGGCGCCCGUUUACCCUGUGUUCGUUUAGCCAGAAUAGUAAACCAUCGUUUUCAAACAGAUGUCAGAUGUGAAGUUUUUACAGAGCACUUGAAAUAAAGGCUAUUUUACUUAUGACGCUAGCUGUUUGUGUACAUUAUAAAUUUCCAUUUCAAAUUUACCUGUACUUUGUAUUUAAUACAGAAAAAUAUAUAUAAAACCACUUCACUCUGACCUUGGUUGCAAAAUAUUCAGUUUCUAUAUAUUUGAAAUGAUUGUUGGUUUUUUUUUAAUAAAUGGCUUUAUCAUG